GGGUUUUAACUCUCGCGAGAGUGAAGGUUUACGGCAGCAAGUUAAGCACGGACGAGUUUUUUGAGCCCCGCCAUUUUAUCCUGUCCCGGCUGACCGACUGGUGCUCGGUAUGUUUCUGACCAUAGCACUGCUUCGAAACAGAAUUCCUGGAAGACAGUGGGUUGGUAAACACAGACGGCCAAGAUUUGUUACCAAUCUAAUGAAACAGAAUAUGACCCGAAGGCUAGAAAUUGAAGCUGAAAACGUAUAUUGGCUGAGCCAGCCAUACCUGACAAAAGAGCAGGAGUAUCGGCAUAAUGAGGAACGCAGACGUAGAGCAUGGCAAGAAUUAAUAACCGCAGCAAAAUCUAAGUUUCCAGAACACAAGUAUGCUACAGAACAUCUUAAUCAUCUUAAUGUGACCAAGAAAUGGACAGGCUCUUAAAAAACAUACAUUGGCAUUCAGUUGGACUGCUUGCAUCUCCUGAUGGUGCCAACGAUCAUUUAUGUGAGGCCUGUAAAUAAAUAUAUUGCUCUUCA